AUGCUCAACCUGCCGCAGACGCCGUGUCAAGUGCGAUGCGAAAAGGCUGGGUUCCAAUGCGACGGACCGCAAACCACUGUUUUCAUACAAGGCAAGAUUGUCAAAUCUAGAAGAUCCCAGAAGCCAAAGGAUAGUGUGGCCGGCCCGGAUGCAACAACAACUUGGAGGAGGCAAGAUGUGGAAGAGUCGGCAUCUCUAUCUCCUGACAACCAGAUUGCCAUUCCUCAAGUGAGGUUCAGAUUCAACGAAAACGAGGUCUACAUUUGCUAUCUGCGCCGCCAUCUUCUUCCCAAUGGCCCGAUCGAUUUAGGGCUUCAGGAGCUCCAAGCCUCAGAUAUUGAUACCAAGGAUUCAUCGAUAGCGAAAGAGGGUGCCCCGUUGUUCAUUCAGGCUGCGCUCAGCUUCGCAACCCUAUUCUUUGGUUCGCGCUACCAGCAGAAUGGAAUUCUCACCCAGGGUUACACCAUACAUGGUGUAGCCCUCAAGCGACUGAAUCAAGCUCUGAGUGAGCCUGAGCGUCGUAUGUGCGACGAUGUCAUCGUUUCCGUCAUCAUUUUGGCGAUGCUUGAGCUUUUCAUGCCUACCGGCCCGAAGAACUGGCUCAAACACAUGCUUGGCCUUGAACAGCUUCUGGCAUUACGUGACCCAGGAUCUCUGGUGUACGCGUCAUUUAGAACGUUGGAACUAUACAAAGGCGUGCGACACAUGAUAUUGAUUGCAUCGCUGAGGAACAGAUCACCUUCCAUCUUUGCGCGACCAGAGUGGAAAUCCGUAUUGAGGACAGCGCUUUCGUUGGAAACUCCGGAAGAACAAGACUUACAUGACGUGCUCGCAGAUUGCUCGGUGUUAAUGGCUGUCAGCGACGAGACCUUCAAAGCUCAGCGUGUAUCUGGCUCCGAAUUCCCGCGGCGACGACAAAAGAUCCAGUGCAGAGCCGAGGAGUUACUCAUAUUCCUCGAGGCUUGGAAAGUUCGGUGGGAUGGUAAUGAGGAGAACAUCUAUAUUGAAGAGUGUGUCGAGGCCAUUACAGCUGGGACAUCACCACGAACUAUCUACAGGUUCAUCAACGACUCAGCCGCGCGGAUGCUGAUGCUGUAUAAUACGGCUCUGCUCUACGUACUUAGGAUCAUGGCGACUUUAGAAACUACACAGCACAGUCCUCACCAUGAUCCAGACAACCUCUUACAAGGACACGCAGAUACAAGCGUUCUAAAGGAGAGCUCUUUUUAUCCCUCUAUCCAGGCUGCAGGACUGGAUAUUGCCCGUUGCAUUUCGGAUUAUCUACAGCAUAAACGUGCACGUGGGGAAAUGGACUUUGCUUCCCCUGUCGUUCAGUGGGCUGUGAUCAUUGCUGGAACGGCACUGGGGUCUGAGGACUUGAACUGGAUGGUGGGACUCUUGAAGGGAGAUGUCACGCUUGACGUCGCGAAGAGGGCAUGGGAGAUGUGAACGUGCCCACAGAUCUCUCAUCGUUGGUAAGCUAGGAGAUCAAGAGCUGAGUGGCUGCGUCGCAACUGGUUGUGUAAGCCCUGACCAAAAGCAGUUCUCCUAUAUUUGGAAGACCACUUUUCGGUUGCAAGAUUUGAAUGGCUCAACAAUACGCUAUCGAUUCUUCGUUAUGUGUAUAUCCAGGUAUCCUACUGGCAGCCUUACAGUUGCGCACCCGGAAACACUGCUGCUUCGGAAACCAUCCU